UACUGCAACUGUACCCUCCCUCCCCUCCCACCCUCACGGUAUACAUGUGACCAAUCUCCCUCUUCCUCUCUCUCUCUCAUAAAUUCUUCCUUCCCCUUCAAAACCCACCUGCAAGAAAUGGCCUCUUCUCACUUCCCCUUUUUGGGUCUUCUCUUAUCCCUGUUUCUUUCACAUGUUAUUGUCUUCACUUAUGCUAAGGUUUAUGUAGUGUAUAUGGGUAGCACUGACAGUCAAGACCCUAAUGAGAUUGUGUUGCAUAACCAUAGAAUUCUUUCCUCUGUUCAUACUGGCAGUGUGGAAGAAGCACAGGCUGCUCACUUGUAUAGUUACAAACAUGGGUUUAAAGGGUUUGCAGCAAAGUUAACGGAGGAUCAAGCCCUUCAAAUUGCCAAGAUGGAAGGGGUGGUUUCGGUGUUUGAAAACACGAAGCGAAGACUUCACACGACACAUUCAUGGGACUUCAUUGGUCUGGCUGAGGAAGAAACCAUGGAAAUCCCAGGUUUCUCCACUAAGAAUCAAGUCAAUGUCAUCAUUGGUUUCAUUGAUACAGGAAUUUGGCCGGAAUCACCGAGUUUUAGCGAUGCGGGUAUGCCUCCGGUGCCAGCUGGAUGGAAAGGGAUAUGCCAGUCAGGGGAAGCAUUCAACUCUUCAAAUUGCAAUAGGAAAGUGAUAGGAGCAAGAUAUUAUCACAGUGGAUACGAAGCUGAAGAGCAUAAUAAUCUCGAAAAGCAACAAGAAGAUGAAUACGACGAUGAUCCAAAGAAGAAAGUAUCCUACCGGUCACCACGAGAUAGCAGCGGUCACGGAAGCCACACAGCGUCCACAGCCGCGGGUCGCUACGUGCAGAACAUGAGUUAUAACGGGCUGGCAAGCGGUGGAGCAAGAGGCGGUGCACCAAUGGCUAGGAUUGCUGUAUACAAAACAUGUUGGGAUUCGGGUUGUUACGAUGCUGAUAUACUAGCUGCGUUUGAUGAUGCUGUCAGAGACGGGGUCCACAUUAUGUCGCUGUCUCUUGGACCCGAUGCUCCUCAGGGUGACUACUUUAGUGAUGCGAUUUCCAUCGGCUCGUUCCACGCGGUUAGCCGUGGGAUAACCGUUGUUUCGUCGGUUGGUAAUGAAGGAACUAAAGGGUCGGCUACGAAUCUCGCUCCGUGGCUUAUUACAGUCGCAGCUAGUUCGACGGAUCGAGAGUUUACUUCUAAAGUUUUGAUGGGAAAUGGUGUUAGAAUAAAGGGAGAAAGUCUUAGUAUGCAUCAAAUGCGGGCCCCAGCAAGAAUCAUAUCAGCUUCAAUAGCAAAUAGGGGUUACUUCACCCCUUAUCAAUCCAGUUACUGCUUAGAAAGCUCAUUAAACUACACAAAGACUAGAGGCAAGGUGUUGCUAUGCCGCCACACAGAGCGGUCAACAGGGUCAAAGCUGGCUAAAAGUGAGGUUGUCAAAGCAGCCGGUGGAGUUGGAAUGAUAUUGAUUGAUGAAACCGACAAGGACGUCGCGAUUCCGUUUGUGAUCCCCGCUGCAAUUGUUGGAAAACGAAUGGGAAACCGGAUUUUAUCCUACAUUAAUAGUAAUACGCGCAAUGCAACAUUAAGGAUUUUCGCUUCGAAUGCUAAAUUAGGAGCACAACCUGCGCCUCGAGUAGCAUCGUUCUCUUCUAAAGGUCCUAAUGCUUUAACCCCGGAAAUAUUGAAGCCGGAUAUUGCAGCUCCAGGAUUGAAUAUCCUUGCAGCAUGGUCACCUGCGGUCGGAAAAAUGAACUUUAACGUUCUUUCGGGGACGUCGAUGGCUUGCCCACAUGUAACCGGGAUUGUAGCCUUGAUCAAAGCCGUUCAUCCCACAUGGUCUCCAUCUGCGAUCAAAUCCGCUAUCAUGACGACGGCUACGGUCUUUGAUAAGAACGGAAAACCAAUGAGAGUUGACCCUGAUGGAAGAAGGGGGAACGCCUUUGACUAUGGCUCGGGCUUUAUCGACCCUACAACGGUGCUUGACCCUGGUCUUGUAUACGACGCGGAGCCCACAGACUACAAAUCGUUUCUUUGCUCGAUAGGUUAUACCGAGAAGAUGCUUCGGCCAAUAACUAGAGACAACAGCACUUGUAACGACCGAACAUUUUCGAUGCCUUCCAGCUUCAAUUAUCCUGCGAUUUUAGUACCGAACCUCAAGUCAACUUUCUCGGUUUCUAGAACUUUGACUAAUGUUAAAAAGCAGAAACAAAGAACUGUUUACAGAGCAGUGGUGACAACUCCACACGGGAUUGAAGUCAGUGUACGCCCUCGCAAAAUAGCCUUCACCCGUUAUGGUCAAAAAGUCAACUUUACGGUUACUUUUAAGGUUUCUAAACCGUCUCAAGGUUAUGUGUUUGGUUACUUACAAUGGAAACACAGAAAUUCGCGUGUGACUACACCUUUAGUUGUGCGAGUCGCGCCUUCUAACUUGGGUGCAACUGUAUAAUGAGGAGCAAAAGGGGGAUAUAGUUUGUGGUUAGCAAAUAUACACAUGUUUUUGUUCUUUCUGUUUUGUGCACUUUUCUUGAACAUGGUAUAUAUAUAUUUAUGAACAAUGUAAAUUUAGUAUCUUGCAUUUUCU